UCCCUGCCUCCCUCCCUGCCUCCCCCCGGGGGCGGCCAUGGCGGCGCCGAGCCGGCAGGAGCGGGCGGCCUGCUGGGACGCCCGGGACCGCUACUGGCGGUGCCUGGACGACAACGGCGACGACGCCUCCCGGUGCCGACACGCCAGAGGCCCCUUCGAGGCCACCUGCCCGCAGCAGUGGAUUAAGUAUUUUGAUAAAAGAAGAGACUACUUAAAGUUCAAGGAGAAGUUUGAAGCCGGGCAGUUCCAGCCUUCAGAAACAAAGGCAGGCUCCUCCUAGCCGCCCUCCCAACGCCGGGGACCGCGGCCCCGUGCUCAAGGACCCUCGGCCCCCGGGGCGGCCGACCGUGACGACCCGGAGCGCGAAGCCGUGGCGGGGACUCGCCUGCCUUACCGGUGUCCGGCUGUGUCCACGGGUCGGGCCGCAGGUCCCGAAGCUCCCCGCGAGCCCGGCCCCAGCUCGGACGUCCCGACUCCGUGGGGAUGUCCGUGAAUCCGGUGAAUUUGGAGAGGGGGAUCCACUCGUCCUCCGCGAGUUCCGCAAGCCGGGGAAGGAUGUAAAAUAUCGUCUGAAAAGAGAAAA